AUGGAGGAAUUGGUUGGCCCAAUAAUUCAGCACCGGCGCGGACUCCGUCAGGGUAAUCCACUAUCACCAUAUCUGUUUAUCCUCGCCAUUGACACCCUUCAGCAGCUUUUCCAAUUGGCAAUGGAAAAUGGUUCUCUCUCUGCGCUUAGGGGACAGCAUGCUAAGCUCCGCUUGUCGCUGUAUGCUGAUGAUGUUGUGAUCUUCUUGAACCCAGUCAAAGAAGAGAUGGAGACGGUCAUCCAGAUUAUGAGGUCCUUUGGGGACGCAACUGGACUGCGGAUUAACCUGGAGAAAAGCUCGGCGGCUUCCAUCCAGUGUCAAGACAUAGACCUGGACCAGGUCUUAUCUGCUUUUCUUGGGCAGCGUGUUGGUUUCCCGAUCACCUACCUUGGACUACCAAGUGUUCUUGGCAGGCUUCGUCUGGUCCAUAUCCAACCGAUUCUGGACAAAGCCCUGGCGAAGUUGGCUGGCUGGCAGUGCAAACUUCUGAACCCGGAAGGGUGCAGGAUUGGUGCAAUCCAUUUUGACAUCAGCAGUCCAGAGGAAGAUUCCAUAAUUUGGACCAGAACCGCUACAGGCGAGUACUCCGUGGGAUCAGCCUACGAGAUGCAGUUUGAGGGGGGCUUGCUGUAUCGUUUUUGA